AUAGCUAACAGUUUGUAUAUAUGUAUAUUGCAAUCACAAUGAGAAGUACAGGAUUUCAUGCGCAUAUCAUUGCCAUUCAUACUCUGAUUUUAUCAUGGUAUCAGAGCAGUGAAGGUUCAAUCGAUAGCAAGAGUUUGUUGCAAGCAAUCGAUUUCGACGACAAGGUUUUGCUGCGUUCAACAAUCGACAAUGACUGACACUACAGCCAAGAAUGGAUCCAAAAUGGAAAACAGAGAGAUAGGUAUCCUUAAGACAACAGAUCCGGAUUCACCCUAUUUUCUCCAUUCUAGUGAUGAUCCAAGGAGGGUCUUAGUCACGACUCCCUUGACCGGGGAGAAUUACCACACGUGGAGAAGGAGUAUGCAGAAUGCCUUAUUUGCAAAGAACAAGAUGGGGUUUGUUGAUGGGAGCCUUAAGAGACCAAACGUAGAUUCCCCAGAGUAUCAGGCUUGGACAAAGUGCAAUUCUAUGAUCUUAAGCACAGAACCCCUCCCAUCACUGAAUAAGGUGUAUGCAAUGACUACCAAAGAGGAGAAGCAACAAGCAGUGGCUGCAUCUAGAAGUCCAAUUAUAGAAGCAACAGCCUUGGUAGCAAAGAUGAACCACAUUGGGAAAUCUUCCAUGUCAGGGAAGCCGCACUAUGAUCAUUGCAAGAAGGUUGGUCAUACUAAAGAGAGAUGCUAUGAAAUCAUUGGAUACCCAGUUGGUUGGAAGAUAGGGCCAGCCAAACUGAAGGGAAAGGGGGAGCACCAAAAGCAUCAACAUCAGGAGAAAAAGUUGAUUUUUGCAGCCAAUACAUCACAUGAGUCACAGAUGGCAGGAGAUUCACUGGAUCAGUCACCAAUUGCAGGACUUUCUAAAGUGCAGUAUGAUCAACUCCUCAUGCUUCUUGGUGGUAAUUCUACUCCUAAACAUUCCGUCAACCUAGCUGGACCUAACCUCGAGGAAGUUGAUUGGAAUGGUGUCUUAGAUAACACCAUUGAUAACCAAAACCAGUCCGAAACAAUGGAAGAAGCACAAGUUGCCGACAUUGAUUUGGAGACCAAUACAAACCACCCAGAUCAAGAUCAAGUGGUCCGACCUCCUCGACCACAACAUGAGAAGCGUGUCCCUCAAAGGCUUGAUGAUUAUGUUUGCACCAUGCCCCAGUCUGUUAUGCCUAUGCAAGCUCCAUCUCAAUCAACUAACUCAGGGCUUGAUUUUCAUGAGACCUUUGCUCCUGUUGCUAAAAUGGUUACUGUGAGGACAUUACUGGCUCUUGCUUCGAUUAAGUGCUGGGAACUGCAUCAAUUAGAUGUCAAUAAUGCCUUCUUGCAAGGCAUGCUUGGGGCAAAGCCUAGUUCCUUUCCCAUGGAGCAACAUCAUCGUCUCGAGCUUGCAUUUGGUUCACAUAUACCAGACCCUUCACAAUACAGGAGGCUAGUCGGUCGGCUCCUUUACUUGACAAUAACACGACCAGACAUAUGCUAUUCUGUUGGAAUCUUGGCACAAUUCAUGGAGGAACCCAAACAGGAACACUUUGAUGCAGCAAUGAAAGUGUUAUGUUAUGUUAAGAACUCACCGGGACAAGGGAUAUUACUCUCCUCUUCCAGUCAUCCAUAUCUUGUUGCUUAUUGUGAUGCAGACUAGGCUGGUUGCCCACGGACACGAUGCUCAACAACAAGUUACUAUAUUUGUCUCGGAAACUCCUUUGUUUCUUGGCAAUCGAAAAAGCAAUCAAUUGUCUCUCGCUCCUCCGCUAAAGCUGAGUAUAGGGCCAUGGCAUCAACUGUAAGUGAGCUCACUUGGUUAAAGUCCUUGCUUUAUGAUCUUGGGAUAUAUCACUCAAAGCCAAUGACAUUGUUUUGUGAUAACCAAGCUGCCUUACACAUUGCCAAUAAUCCUGUGUUUCAUGC